GGAUUCGCUUCUCCUCCGUGCUACGAUGGUCCAUUAUCAGCCGCUGCUGAUCCAGACGCUACAGGACCAACUUUAGUCACCGUAAGAGGAUUUGAAUCUCCAUCCAAUACAGUGCCAAGUCCUGUCAACUCGAGCAAAGAAUCUGGCGGAAACAAUGUUGUGUCACCAACAGGGAUGAAGCGUGAAUACUUAUCGCCAUGUGUAGCUAGCGAUGAAGAGGAACUUGUAGGUAGGGCGAUUUCCUACCUAUCUUGAUG